UUUGUAAAAUUUUCCUGUGUUCAAGUUGUUUUCUUUUGUUUUUCUCGAUGUUCCAAGUCUCCAACGCAUUUCAUGGACAUCAAAGGUCCUCUCUUGCUGACGAAUGAACGCCAUUGCAGCAGCCCAAAUCCCACCUUGGUGUUCAUCGCUAACAAACUUCCUUUAGGAUUUCAAUCUUCAGAAUGAGUCAACAUCCUCAUCUUUCAGACUUUCUCCAAGUUUGAAGCCGUUAAUCUCCUUUUAUCAGGUCUUCUAUAUCUCGAGUUUGUGAUCAGUCUAGUUGGAAUUGUAUCUGAAAUUGGGCUGAAGGUAAUUCGGGAGUUUAGGUUUUUGUGUGGAAGAUUGUGUCGGUGCGAUUAUGGAUGGGAAUAAGGACGAAGCUUUAAGAUGUAUUCGCAUAGCGGAAGAAGCAAUUGCGUCGGGGAAUAAAGAGCGAGCACUUAGAUUCAUUAAAAUUGCUCGUCGCCUUAAUCAGAGUUUGCAAGUCGACGAGCUAUUGACGGUGUGCGAGGAGAUCGGUUCGGGAUCACCUUCAUCUUCUUUCGAUGAGAAACGCGCGGGAAAGGUUGAGAGUGCUUCUGGUUCAGUGAAACAUGUUGAUGGUUUGAGUGGUGAACGUAAUUACUCUAUAGAACACGUUCAAUUGAUUAGGCAGAUCAAAACAACUGAGGACUAUUACAGAAUUCUUGGUGUGGAGAAAACUAGUUCAGCUGAAGAGAUUAAGAGGGCUUAUAAGAAAUUGUCCUUGAAAGUUCACCCUGAUAAAAACAAGGCUCCUGGUUCGGAUGAAGCAUUCAAGAAAUUAUCCAAGGCUUUCAUGUGUUUGAGUGAUGAUACUUUGAGAAGGCAAUAUGAUCACACGGGUUUGGUUGCUCAGUAUGAGUACAACCAACAGCAUAAUGUAAGGCAUAGGAGAAGGAGAACGGGUCAUGAUUUGUUUGAAGAAAACUUUGAUCCUGAUGAGAUAUUCAGAGCAUUCUUUGGGCAGGGAAAUAUGUUUCAGACGAGUCGCUCUUAUACUUAUAGAACCGGAGGUGCGAGAAGCCAACAGAGGACAGAAUCUGCUGGGGGAGGUCCCAGCUUGUUGAUUAUUCUUCUAAUGUUACCAUUCUUGUUAAUUUGUUUGUUGGCUUAUAUGCCAUUUCCAGAGCCGGACUAUGCUUUGCAUAAAAAUCUAUCCUAUAGUAUUCCUGUGAUUACAGAGAAACAUGGAGUGGAAUUUUUUGUCAAAUCAUCUGAUUUUGAUGUUAGAUAUCCUCUUGGGAGCCCAGGUCGAGCUGAAAUUGAGAAUAGUGUGCUCAGGGAUUAUAGAAACAUGGUUUGGCGUUAUUGUCAUGUAGAACUUCAGAGACGCCAGUGGAAUAAAAAUCUUCCAACUCCUCACUGUGAGAAGCUGAAUAAUCUCGGUGUAGCAUAAAGGUAAAGGGAGGUUCAUCUUUUCUUAUAGAAGAGAUCGUAUUAUCUUUUUGGAGAUAUUAUCCAAGUUAUGUUGCUUUUAACUUCUGUUGUGAACCUUGCUUGAAUAUAAAGACUGCAACAUUAAGUUUGUUAUUUAUCGAAGCUUUGCAUCCCAUUUUGAUCUAGCCUAAUGUGUCUCUCACGUGUUAGGCAGUUCAGACUCAAAUUGUUCAGUGAACCUUUCCCUGUCUGAUCCCUGAAAAAGAAAUUAAUAUUACUACAGAAAUCUUUGUUUAACACGAUAUUAUAGUUGGAGAUUCCAUGCUCGAAACUUCAAACACCUAUAGUCCCAUGUGUUAAAAGUGUUAAAUUAUUGAUAUAGUUAAAUCUUCCAUAACCUAUCAGUUUAAGCUUUUGGAAUCAGUGGCAAUUUAACAUAUAUUAUAUAUUCACGAAUCUACCAUAUGUGAAGUUGCACAUCUUUGCUUGUAUGGAAGGUAAUGUGUAAGUGUGAAAUUCCAGACUUGCCAAUUGAUGGGAAACAGAUCAUGUUUUAAAUUAAAGCAGCAGGUCAUAUAGAUGGAUUUUGAAGUUUUGAGACUCCAUGCUCAUAUGCGGAAAAGAACGCUCAUGGCUGGAACACAAGGGCUAUGGUCCGAAGUUUUUCCGGGUUUGGGCUGAGCCAAUCACUUGACACCAUUCGCCAUCAAUGGCCCUGGACUGGUACUACUAUCUGUAAUUUUUCUACAUCACUUCCUCCUGAAAUUAGUGUGAUCCAUUUCUGAAUAAAAGUCAAGACAAUUGUACGAACUGAAACAAGAUGUUGAUUUGUUUCUGUACAUUUUUCAAAUAAUAUUGAAGUGAAGCUGAAGUCUUUUACUUAAA